UGUUGGAUUCUCACCUGAGUGCGCUGGGGUUCUGCUGCCUCUAGUACAGCUACGGUGGUCCUCUGCGGAACCUUGUUCCGCAAAGACCCACACCAUCUCCGCAAUGAUGGGGAAGUGAAGGAGCUGACAAAGGAUCUUCCUUUCGCUCUCUAUCAUCCAAUGAUCCGAUGGAUGAACUCCAAACGGCUACUCGCAGUCACGGAUAGUAGCGUUAUAUUCCGUAACGUUAUAGAAUCUGCGGCUGCUCUCCCAGGGGAACUCACCUUGUAUGACAUCAAGGGGCUCAAACUGUGCGUCAGCAAGCUGAUUCCACCUGGUUUCCCUGGUGUCACCGUCAGAAAGCUGACCAGUUUGGGGAAGGUCCCUAUCGGUACGGCAAAUCCGCGACCCCGACUACUUCGCGUAGUCUUUUCUACACCGGAGGAACGCAAAUCAUUACUGCGGUUUGCAUUCAAACUUAUGGGUAGUAGUGUCAGCGUUCAGCCAAAUCUACCACUGGCAGAUAGAUUAAUGUUGUAUCAACAAGGACAACAACGGUACAUCAGCCAUUCGGACUGAUGCUUCGCUGCCAUACAACGAUAAUGACCUAUAAAAUAAUAAGAGGGAGAGAAGG